UGGAAUGCAGUAGCCCUCUGGGCCUGGGAUAUUGUGGUUGAUAACUGUGCCAUCUGCAGGAACCACAUUAUGGAUCUUUGCAUAGAAUGUCAAGCUAACCAGGCAUCGGCGACUUCUGAAGAGUGUACUGUGGCAUGGGGAGUCUGUAACCACGCGUUUCACUUCCAUUGCAUCUCUCGGUGGCUCAAAACACGGCAGGUGUGUCCAUUGGACAACAGAGAGUGGGAAUUCCAAAAGUAUGGGCACUAGAAAACGAAUUCUUCCAUCAAGCUUAACUGUUUUGUUACUCACUUAAUGACUUGCCCUCCUGUUACUUAAUUAUAAAUUAGAUAGAACCAUGUCUUUUUUGCUUUACCUUUUAAUUUGCUGUUCUUGGCAGCCAUGUUGUAUUCUGUGUCAAAUAAAGUCCUGUUGGAUUCUCGAACAAA